AUGAGUGUGGCGUGGACGAGUGCUGCUCGAGCCUGGACUCGCCGGACGACUACGACCUCGACCUCGACCCCGACCCCGAUCAUAUCAAGAUGGCUCACCAGACAAACUCUCCUCCUCAAGAGCAAUAGGGUCGGGAGCAGCGGCCCAUUGAGGGAAAAUUCUUACGCAGGGCCGUUGUUGCCCCCCUGGCGCCGUCAUUUUGCUUCCAAGUCGAACGCGAGCGAGCUCGAGCGUCGCAUUGCCGCAAUCCCAAUUGAGCGCUACCGCAAUUUUUGCAUUGUGGCCCAUAUUGAUCAUGGCAAAAGCACUCUCAGCGACCGGCUCUUGGAACGGACGGGGACCAUCCUUCCGGGCGAUUCGAACAAGCAGGUUCUCGAUAAACUCGAUGUCGAGAGAGAACGUGGUAUCACCGUCAAGGCGCAAACAUGCACCAUGCUCUACAACUACAAGGGCGAAGACUACCUCCUCCACUUAGUCGACACACCCGGUCACGUCGAUUUCCGCGCCGAAGUUACACGCUCUUAUGCUAGUUGUGGAGGUGCGCUGCUGCUUGUCGACGCCAGCCAAGGCAUCCAGGCGCAGACCGUUUCCAACUUCCACCUCGCCUUUGCCCAAGACCUCGCCCUAGUCCCAGUCAUCAACAAGGUCGAUAUGCCCUCUGCCGACGUCCCUCGUGUGCUCGAACAAAUCGAGACCAGUUUUGAACUCGACCCCGCGUCGGCCAUUCCGGUCAGCGCAAAAACAGGAAAAGGAGUUGAUGCUAUCCUACCGGCAGUAGUAGAGAGAAUACCUCAUCCAACUGGUGACGAGACGAAGCCCUUGAAGAUGUUGCUGGUUGAUUCGUGGUAUGAUAAUUUCAAGGGCGUUGUUCUACUCGUAAGAGUGUUUGACGGACAAAUAAGAGCCGGAGACACCGUCGUAUCCUUGGGAACUGGUAUGAAAUACACUGUUGGUCAGGUUGGUAUCCAAUACCCCGAUGCCACCCCCCAAAGUGUACUUCGUGCAGGGCAAGUCGGUUACGUCUUCUUCAAUCCAGGAAUGAAGAAAAUCCAGGAUGCCAAGCUAGGCGAUACCUUCACAACCAUUCAGGAUGCCGAGAUCGUCGAACCAUAUCCGGGAUUUGAGGAGCCAAAGCCGAUGGUCUUUGUUGCAGCAUUUCCAACCGAUCAGAGUGAUUAUACCAAGCUCGCAGACAGCAUUACGCAGCUCGUCCUCAACGAUCGCAGCGUGACCCUGCAGAAGGACUUUUCCGAAGCGCUUGGUUCGGGCUGGCGCCUGGGUUUCCUUGGGAGCCUUCACUGCUCUGUGUUCCAGGAUCGUCUGAAGCAGGAGCACGGCGCGGAUGUCGUUAUCACUGAGCCUACGGUACCUACCAAGAUUGUCUGGGCCGAUGGGACAGAGGAGAUUGUCCAGAAUCCAGCACUGUUCCCCGACGCCAGCGACCAUCGGAUCCGAAGUGCACAGCUCUUUGAGCCAUUUGUCAAGGCAACCAUAACCAUGCCUGAGGAGUAUCUCGGCCGGGUAAUUGAGCUAUGUGAGGCCAACCGAGGAAUGCAGAAGAGUUUGGAUUUCUUCCACGCGACACAAGUCAUCUUGGUAUACGACCUCCCUUCGGCGCAACUUGUUGACGACUUUUUCGGAAAACUUAAAGGCGCGACAAAAGGCUAUGCUACCCUCGACUACGAGGAAGCUGGCUGGCAUGAGGCUAAACUCUCCAAGCUGCAACUUCUAGUAAACAAGCAACCUGUCGAUGCAAUCUGUCGUGUGGUCCAUCACACCCAGGUUGACCGGCUCGGGAGGCAUUGGGUCACCAAGUUCAAGGAACACGUGGACCGGCAGAUGUUUGAGGUUGUUAUACAGGCCACAGUUGGUAACCGUAUUGUUGCCCGAGAAACGAUCAAGCCCUUCCGCAAGGAUGUUCUGGCCAAACUGCACGCUGCUGAUGUGUCUAGGCGGCGAAAACUUCUAGAGAAGCAAAAGGAGGGAAGGAAGCGUCUAAGGGCUGUCGGAAACGUUGUUAUUGAACAAUCAGCCUUCCAAAAGUUCCUGGCAAAGUAG